GGGCCUGGCCGCGAGGGGGCCGGCCCGUGAGGGGCGUGGCCAGGCCGCGCGGGGGCGGGGGCGUGGCGCCGCCAUGUCGGAGGCGGCGGCGGGGAUGGCGGCGGCGGCGGCGAUGGCGGAGGCGCGGCUGCGGCGGAAGCAGCUGCUGAGCGCGGAGGAGGCGGAGCUGUUCGAGCUGGCGCAGGCGGCGGGCAGCGGGCUGGACCCGGAGGUGUUCCGGGUGCUGCUGGACCUGCUGCGCAUGAACGUGGCGCCGCUCGCCGUCUUCCAGGUGCUGAAGUCGAUGUGCGCGGGUCAACGGCUGCCGCCGGGACCCGAGGGCGGCCCCCCCGCCGCGCCGGCGGCGCUCCCCGCCGACACCCGAGGGAGAAAUAAAAGCAGUUCCGCUGUCAGCGGGACCCAGGUCCUUGCGGAGAGGAGCAGUCGGGAAGGAUCUGCCCAGAGGAUGCCACGGCAGCCGAGUGCGAGCCGAAUGCAGAAAGCAGGAGCUUCUGGGAAGAACAGCGGAGGAGGCAACAAUACCUAAAUGAGGCCUUGGAACCCAUCUGUUUUGGUGCUUGACAAUUGCAGGCUGCGGGGGUCACCUGAAGGCUCCUGGGACAAGGAAAGAGGUGGGAAGCCUAGAAAAGCCUGGAAUACUGCUCAGGUUGCUCCAGAGAGGGUCGGACUCGCCUUACCAAGCCAGUGCCGCUUGCUGCCUCCGUCCCUAAAAUCCAUUUUGAUCUGUUCAGGCUAGUCGUGACAGCAGAAGGCCUGGUUGGCUGGAUGACGAGGUGAGUGGUGCUGAGGUGGGUCAUGUGUUAGCGUCCCCGCGCCCUGCAGUGGCGGUGGCUGCCCUGGAAACCAGCCGUCUGGUGGGGGGUCGUGGCUUGUCCUUGUGCUUCAGCGGGCGGUUGCCCAUUCCCCUCGCGUGCACCCUUACCUGGGUUUUGGCACCUUAAUCUGCAAACCAGUUUGACCUAUCACAGAGUGUAAUCGCACAACAUCUAAUCCUUCCCAUGAUGGCGAUGCUAUUAUUCAUUUAUAAAGCGUUACAGAGCCCUUUGCCUAACGAGCCAGGUUAAAUGAGGAGAUGAUGGCAGAUAAGGGAGGGAACAGCUUCACCAUUUAGCGUAAGAUACAUGCAAGUAGCUAAAACAGGUAGGUGGGUUCGUUAGAGCUUAAGUGAUGCUGUUCAUCAUUCCAGAGCGUGUCCAGGCGGUGGAUGUGCCUGCGAUAGCCUUAGUAGCUCAGGAGCUGUUACUGAAAUCCAUUUCCCUAAUUAGGAUAAAGUGUCUCCCUUCUUUGUGGGGGGAUAGAUGAUGUUUCCUAGACUCAAGGACUCUCAUGAACCUGGUUCAACAGGUGCUGAAAUCUCUUCCUGACCAAGAGGAAAGAAUACUGGAGAGUACAAAUACUCUUGCAUAAGUUUGUUUUUUUUUUUUUGUGCAGAAUAUUAAUGAUGUGCGUGGAAGAUGGUGUGUUCACAGCAUGUGGCCAUCGCCCACUUGCUGUGGCAGGGGCCCUGCGGGUAUCUGCUACAGCCUGGUCCUCUCUGGGGAUGACCUGCUCCGUCAGGGCAUCCUCCGCAGGCUGCAGGGAAGCGGCUCCCACUCCUGGAGUUCCUCCUGCCACUCCUGCUCUGCCCUCGCUGUCAGCGGGAUUGCUUCCUGCACAUUUCUUUUCCUCGCUCUGGCCAGUGCUUUGUCCUUUCUUCAGUAUGUUUUUACGGAGGUGCCACCAGCUUUGCUGACUGCCCGGCUGAGGCCCCCCCUCUGGCCUCCAGCCUUGCCGUGUGAACCCAACGCACCCGUCCGUGGAGACCAGGAUUUCUCAAGGGUGGGGGUUAGAACUGGGAGUAGUGUAGCUUAUGGCUUGCAGUAACACACCUUGAAGCUGUGCCAUGGGAAAGGCAUUCAAAGCAGAGAGCUUGCAAGCUGCUCUUUAAAUUAUUUUUUUUAAAUUUUUUUCAUUUGCAAGGUCUGGGUGUCUCCUGUUCUGAUCUUCUAAGACAGUCCACUUACUUCUCCCCUCCUCCCAAUAAGACCCCCAAGCCCAGACUCUGCCACAGCAAUUGGGAAGCUGUAAGUUGAAUUUGCUGGUGAAAAAAGAGCUUUUUCCCUUAGAAGAAUCAUUAUUGGUGCUCUUUUUCCCUAGAGCAGGGGUGGGCAGACUUGAGGUGGCGAGUUUCACACCUGCAUUUCUCCUAUUUAUCCCUCUGCGGCUUGGGCUGCCUCCUAUGUUGUACCUGCCUACCCGUCUCCAAGCCCCCAUCACGUCCUCCUGAGCUCUGCUGCACAAUCCCCCGCCUGCAGAUCGGCGUUCUUCCUUUCCUGGUUGUGGAAUAAUUACUGAAUUGGCCAAGAAUACAAAAAUACAGCAUCGUUCACACAUUAAGGAAAGUAAUAAAAUCAAGAGGCUUCUGAGGUAGAAUACAGCCGCAGCUAGCACACGGAGAAUGCCACCUCUGUGAUUUCCUGUACAAGGUUGUUUGCGAAACUACACGAGGGAUGGAACGGAACGCGCUUGUUCCGUGGCCUUCCCUUGUGACGAAUAGCAGAUAUGGGGACGAGAUGGUCCCCAUACCUACCGGACGAACCAGAGGCCGUUGAUGAAAUGCUGUCCUUUGUGCGAACUUUGCUCACCACAAUGUACCAAAACACACCUCCAUCCCGGAGGCUAUCCGCCUCCGAGGUGCGAACACUCCUCCUUGAGUACGUUAAUCAUAAUAAAAGUACGUAUGACUAAAGUCACUCAAACUCCACUUCGAAGAUAAAAAAAUAGUAUAAAAAUAGCCCGAGAGAGGGGAUGCCAGGGAAGACACCAUUGUGAAGAAUUCCAUCGCUGAUUUCCGGGAUCGGUCGACGGGCUGAGCCUUUCUUCCCCCACAUAGGGACACCUUUGGGUAAGACUUCGAUUAUACCGAGUGUUUUCUCGGGAAACUUAGAAAUUUCUCUAGAGAAUCUGUACCCUACAUUUAUAGCCAGGCUGUAUUGUUUAUAAUUUUGUUGCGCGUUUGUAUACUUAACAAUAUCUUUGUUUGCACAUGCUUUGCAGACAAUGUAUUUAUCACCGGCAAUCCUAAAGAACCUGUAUAUCUGUUGUUUAAAUAAACUGCA